AACCCCAUUUUUAUACCUCCUCAUCAACUUGAUGGAUCAGUCAAAAAACCAGAGCUUAAUUCUUGGUGUGAACAUAAAACUAAAAUAAAAAUCGUUUUAUCCAUUUUUAUUAAAAUAGUAAAAUAAAAGGCGAUGAAGGUGUUUUAAUUUUUGUUCUUGCAAGAAAUAAAAGAGGCUGAACUAUUUCAAUGGCGGCUGUUCAAAUUUGAAUUCUCCAUCACCAUAUAAAAACCAUCCCAACUUGGAAAAUAAAAGAAGAAAAGUGUUCUUCAAAAACAAGAAAAGGAAAACGACGACUCGGGUUUCUUAAUUGUUUGUUUGAGAUAAAUAUUUACAUGUUAUGUGCUUGUUGAACUCGAAGGUGGCGAAUCAAAGGUCAGAACAAGAGGCGUACAUCAGGUACCCUGCAAAUAGCGGCGAUGGUGAUGAUAAUAAUACUACAAGUAAUAAUCAAGAACAAUUUUCACAAUCAUAUUUCUUGAAUCAGCAGCGACAGCCACAAAUGUUUCCUGGUUAUGGAAGUACGAGGGAGAUGUCUGCCAUGGUUUCGGCUCUUACUCAUGUCGUUUCGGGACCGCAACGAGGUGGUGAGUGGGGUUAUGGGCUUGAUUCUUCUACUAGCUUUGCUUCUUCUUCUUCUUCUCCUUUAUCAGCUUAUUCGACCUCUGGUUCUGGUUAUUGGGCUGGACAAAAAAGAGGGCGUGAAGAAGAUGAAGUUGGAGCUGCUCAAUUGAUCGAGUCUGUGCCGAGGGUUUAUAGAGGGUUCGGUGAUUUUACGAUUUCUCAAGCUGACUCUUCUUCUUCUGGUGCAACUCAAGAAGGAACAGCAAUAGCAACUCCUUCGACCGUCACAACAACAACUGCAUCAUCAGCAGAAACAGUAACACACGAAGAAACAGGCGGCGGCGGCGAGCGGAGAAGAAGAUACAGAGGAGUAAGACAAAGACCGUGGGGUAAAUGGGCGGCAGAAAUACGCGAUCCGCAUAAAGCAGCACGAGUUUGGCUCGGAACAUUCGACACAGCUGAAGCAGCUGCACGUGCAUACGAUGAAGCAGCUUUACGAUUCAGAGGAAACAGAGCCAAGCUUAACUUCCCAGAAAAUGUCGGAUUAUUACCUAAUCUGAUGCACCAACCAACCGUUAAUCCCGUUUCCCAAGUCCGUCAGCCGCUCCGCCGGCCGCAACAGCAAAUGCAACCCCCGCAACAGCAACAACCAUUACUGUUACAUCCGCAAACUGGUAAUAUAAUGCGAGAUUACUGGGAGUAUUCGCAGUUAUUACAGAGCAGUGGAGAAUUUCAUGGAGUUCAUCAACCUUCGAAUUUGCUUGAGCAAAUGUUUUAUAAUCAGCAAUUGGCUUCUUUACAACCAAAUCUUUCAUCAUCAUCGUCGACAUUAUUAUCAUCAACUUCAGGGUCUUCCUCCUCUGCGUCGUCGUUUCCCCUGCUUUUGGCUGGUCAACAAUUGGGUUAUUUUCGACCACCUCAACAUCAAAAUCAGGACCCCAACCAGAAUCAGUACCAGCGUACUGGGUCUGAUUUUCCAGGGCCACCGUGGUCAGAUUCUACUCAUUACCCUUCAUCUAGUAGUUAAUAAUCUUUGAUUAAUUCCUACAUUUUGUUAUACUCCUUUUUGUUUUUUUUGUUUUUUGUAAUACCCACAAUUAUACAAUUUUUUCUUGUUACUA